UUCUCUCUCUGGUUUUCAUCAGCUUCUCUCGCUCUCUUUCUCUCGUUCUCACGAUGAAUUGGGCACCGAUCUGAUCGGGUUUCGAAACCCUAAUCAUCUGCUCAACUCCUCCGAUCAUCGGCUCUCGGACGGUACAAUCUUUGUUGGAAUCGGUGGACAUUUGGGUGGGUUUUGAUCCGAAUUCUUUUUCGGAAACCCUACCCGUGGUUUAUCGGGGAUUUUGAUUGCCGGGGGCUUUGUUCCCGGGGAUGCUAGUUCAGAGAUGAAGUUCAAGAGGAGAAGGGCUCUCGAAGUGCCACCCAAAAUAGAAUCCUUUAUUAGCGUUGUUGUUGCAACUCCUCUUGAGAAUAUUGAAGAACCAUUAAAAGGUUUUGCCUGGGAAUUUGAUAAGGGUGAUUUUCAUCAUUGGUUUGAACUUUUUAAUCAUUUUGACUCUUACUUUGAGAAAUACAUAAAGUCAAGGAAAGAUUUGCAACUUGAGGACAACUUUUUGAAAGCAGAUUCCCCUUUUCCUAGGGAGGCUGUUCUUCAGAUUCUCCGAGUUACAAGGAUUAUUUUAGAGAAUUGCACAAACAAACAUUUCCAUAGUUCUUAUGAGCAGCAUUUGCUAUCGCUUUUAGCCUCAACUGAUGCAGAUAUUGUUGAGGCAAGCCUUCAGACUUUGACUGCAUUUUUGAAGAAAACAGUUGGGAAAUCUUGCUUACGAGAUUCUUCCCUCACUUCAAAGCUAUUUACCUUCUCACAAGGUUGGGGAAAUAAGGAAGAAGGCCUUGGAUUGAUAGCAUGCUCUGUUGAAAAUGGUUGUGAUCCAACUGCUGCUGAGAUUGGUUCCACACUCCAUUUUGAAUUCUAUGAAGUUUGCGAUACAUCACAUGAACAUAAUGUUGGAAGGCCAAUGAACCAGGGGUUGCAAGUCAUUCAUGUGCCAAACUCCACUUUGCAAGGAGAGAAUGAUCUUGAACUUCUGCAUAAAUUGGUGCAUGACUACAAUGUACCUUCCAAUUUACGGUUCUCUCUUCUGACAAGAUUACGGCUUGCAAAAGUUUUUGGCUCUUUACCUGCUCGACGGCAAUACAUUCGUAUCCGGUUAUAUGCCUUCAUAGUACUUGUUCAAGCAGGUAAUGAUGCUGAAGAUUUGGCAUCAUUUUUUACCAAUGAACCUGAGUUCAUCAAUGAACUGGUGUCAUUACUUAGCCAUGAAGAUUCAGUUCCUGAAGAAAUUCGGAUUUUGGGAAUUCUUUCAUUGGCUGCUCUUUGUCAAGAUCGAUCUCACCAGCCAUCAGUUUUGAAUGCUGUCACAUCUGGAAGUCAACGCAGUAUCCUUCCCAGUCUUAUGCAGAAGACAGUUGACUCUAUUAUUAGUGGUUCUGCAAAAUGGUCUAUUGUCUUAGCUGAAGCACUUUUCUCACUUGCAUCAGUGUUAGUCUCAUCAACUCCUGGUUCUUUAGCUCUGCGUGAAGUGGGUUUAAUACCUAUUAUAUUACCCCUCCUUAAAGAUACAAAGCCUCAACAUCUGCAUCUGGUAAGUACUGCAGUGCAUGUUCUUGAGGGCUUCUUAGAUUUUAAUAACAAUCCAGUUGCUGCAUCAUUUAGAGAUUUGGGUGGUCUUGAUGAUACUAUUACCCGGCUGAAGAUUGAAAUAUCUCAUGCUGAGAAAGGGUUGAAGAAAAAUGAAGACAACCAGCAGAGUUCCAAGGGAAAAGAGGUGCUUAGCAAUUCAUCUGAGCUGGAUAUGCAGCCUCUCUAUUCUGACGCCUUGGUGUCUUAUCAUCGGAAGUUGCUAAUGAAAGCUUUACUUCGCACAAUCUCACUUGCAAUUUAUGUCCCAGGAAGUACUGCUCGCAUUGAUGGCUCUGAAGAGGCUUUACUUCCACAUUGCCUAUGCACUAUUUUUAGAAGGUCAAAGGAUUUUGGCGGAGGAGUAUUUUCACUUGCAGCAAAUGUGAUGGUUGAUCUCAUACACAAAGAUCCCACUUGCUUCCCUGUGUUGGAUGCAGCUGAUCUUCCCCGGGCUUUUCUUGAUGCUAUUAUGAGUGGUGUUCUUAUCUCUUCCGAAGCUGUAAAAUGCAUUGCGCCUUGCUUAGAUGCCUUGUGCCUCAACAACAAUGGCCUCCAACUGGUGAAGGAUCGUAGUGUUCUGAUGUGCUUUGUGAAAAUACUGACAUCCAGGACUUACUUAAGAGCGUUAAGUGGGGACACACUGGCUACAUUGUCUAAUGGGUUGGAUGAAUUAUUUCGCCAUGCUUCUUCUCUCCGUGCUUCUGGUGUUGAUAUGCUUAUUGAGCUUUUGAAUACAAUAUCAAUAAUUGGAUCUGCAUCUGAAACUUCUCCUUCUAUGGAGUCUCUGAACUCCUCAGCUCCUGUUCCCAUGGAAACUGACCAAGAAGAGAACAAGUCUUCAUCAGCUGAUCAUAUGACUGGAACUUCUUCUGAUAGUGUCCAAGUCAGUGUUGAGUCAUUUCUUCCAGAGUGUAUAACAAAUGCUGCCCGCAUUCUUGGAACUAUUCUUCAGAAUUCUGAUAUAUGCCGUUUGUUCAUUGAAAAGAAAGGUAUUGAAGCUGUGCUCAAGUUAUUUACUCUGCCUCUUUUGCCUGGUUCUGUCUCUCUUGGCCAGAGUGUCUCUUUUGCUUUUAAAGCUUUUUCAAAUCAACAUUCUGCGGCUCUAGCCCGGACACUGUGUUCAUUUAUGAGGGAACGUCUUAAGUUGACUAAUGAGCUGUUGGCUUCAAUUUGUGGAACCAAGCUUAGUGAAGUUGAAACUGUAAAACAAGCAGAAAUUCUGAGAUGUCUUUCCAGUCUUGAAGGGCUGUUCUCUCUAUCCAACUUUCUAUUGAAGGGAACAACUAAUAUGGUCUCGGAGUUUGGGUCAUCAGAUGCUGAUAUCUUUAAGGACUUGUCAAUGGUGUACAAGGAAAUACUUUGGCAGGAUUCUUUAUCUAGUGAGACCAAGAUUGAAGAAAAGAAGAACACUGCACAAGAAGCUGUCCCUGGGGAUGUUGCGGUAAAUAAUAUUGCAGGAAGUGAAAUUGAUGAUGAUGUUCCAAUUGCCACCAGGUAUAUGAAUCCUGUAUCAUUAAGAAGUAAUUCUUCAUCUCAGUGGAGUGCAGAGCAGGAUUUCUUAACAGCAGUGCGUUCAGCUGAGCGGAUACACCGGCAUGGUCGACAUGGGUUGUCACGAAUGCGUGGAAGCCGCAUCAGCCGGCAAUUGGAUCUGUCAUACAUAGAUUCGGACAGUUCCCCUAACACACAUGAAAGUUCCCAAGAUAAUAAAAAGAAAAGCCCAGAUGUUCUUAUUGUGGAACUCCUUAUCAAACUUGGAUUUGCCAUGCGCUCCUGCUUUUCUGCUGUUCUGAAAGGAACAUUUCGUCGUAGGGCUGAGACUGCUACUCUGAGCCCUGUGUCAAAGAAUGUUAUGACUGCUCUUGCAAAACUUUUCCUUGAUGCUCUCAGUUACUCAGGCCAUUCUUCUGCCGGGCACACACCAUUGGCUGUCAAGUGCCAGUAUCUUGGAAAGGUUGUAGCGGACAUGACUGCACUCACCUUUGACAGCAGACGUCGUACAUGCAACACCGCAUUAGUUAACAGCUUUUAUGUGAAUGGGACAUUUAAAGAGCUUCUAACUACAUUUGAAGCCACAAGCCAGUUGCUGUGGAAUCUUCCAUGUUCGUUACCAUCUUCUGGGUCUGAUCAAGGAAAAGCCAAUGAUGAAAACAAGCUUUCUCAUAGCUUGUGGCUAUUGGUUACACUGCAGAGCUAUUGCCAGUUGCUGGAAUGUUUUGUCAAUUCAUCCCUGCUGUUAUCUCCUACAUCUCCUUCCCAGGGUCAGCUGCUUGUUCAGCCUGCUGCCACUGGGCUUUCUAUUGGCCUAUUUUCUGUUCCCAAGGAGCCUGAAAUGUUUGUCCGCAUGUUGCAAUCACAAGUUUUGAAUGUGAUACUUACUGUAUGGAGCCACCCUAAAUUUCCUAGCUGCAAUUCUGCUCUCAUUACCUCUGUGGUUUCUAUUAUUACUCAUAUAUACUCUGGGGUGGGCGAUCCAAAGCGUGUUCGAAGUGGUGCCAGUGGAAAUGGUGCAGGCCAACGACUGACAGUUCCCCCUCCCCUCGAUGAGUCUACAAUUGCUACUAUAGUUGAAAUGGGUUUUACUAGAAUUCAAGCAGAGGAGGCUUUGAGAAGUGUGGGUACAAAUAGUGUUGAGUUGGCUACUGAUUGGCUGGUUAACCAUCCUGAAGAAGUUGUGCAAGAGGAUGUUCAACUUGCUCAAGCACUCGCCCUAUCCUUGGGAAAUUCUUCAGAUACUUCCAAGGAUGAUAACAGUGAUAAGGCAAAAGCUGAGUUAAUUGAAGAGCAAGUCAUUGAGCUCCCUCCUAUUGAUGAUAUUCUUGCUACAUCUAUGAAGUUGUUUCAAAGUAACAUUUCAGUGGCAUUCCCUUUGACAGAUUUGCUGGCUACACUUUGCAGCCGCAAUAAAGGAGAGGACCGUUCAAAGGUGGCAUUGUAUCUAAUCCAGCAGCUAAAGCUUUGUCCAUUAGAUUUAUCUAAGGAUAUGGGUGCUUUGUGCUCAAUGUCACAUAUACUGGCCUUAUUACUCAGUGAGGACAGCAAUACCCGAGAAAUUGCUGCUGAGAAUGGUGUUGUCUCUUCAUUACUGGACAUCCUGACAAACAUGAGAGUAACAAAUGAAACAAAAAAUGAGGUUUCAGUUACGAAAUCUAUCAGUGCCUUGUUGCUUGUACUUGAUAAUAUGCUGCAGCCUAUACCAAAGGUUUAUACAGAAACUGCUGAAGGAUCAUCUGGAUCUGUGCCUGUUUCAUCUGAUGUGGAUAUUUCCUUAGAGAUCCCAGCUUCUGCUGCUGAGAAGAAACCUUUGUCUGCUGACAACGCUAAAGUAUCUGAGAAUGUGUUUGAGAAGAUUCUGGGGAAGCCUACUGGUUAUUUGACUUUUGAAGAGAGUCAGAGAGCAUUGAAUAUUGUAUGUGGAUUCAUAAAACAGCAUGUUCCAGCAUUAGUUAUGCAGGCUGCACUGCAACUGUGUGCCCGGUUAACUAAAAGUCAUGCUAUUGCAACUCAGUUUCUUGAGAGUGGUUGUUUGUCAAUUCUUUUUAGUCUUCCCCGAAGUUGCGUUUUCCCUGGUUUUGACAGUCUGGCAUCUGCUAUUAUUCGGCAUCUGCUUGAGGAUCCUCAAACUUUGCAGACUGCUAUGGAGUUGGAGAUAAGGCAGACCCUUGCUGGCAAUCUUAGCAGGCAUGCUGGUCGUCUUUCCCCAAGGUUAUUUCUUACAUCUAUGGCCCCUGUGAUAUCCCGGGAUCCUGCAAUUUUUGUUAGAGCUGCGGCUGCAGUUUGUCAGUUAGAGUCUUCAGGUGGUAGAAUGAACAUAGUAUUGUUGAAGGAAAAAGAAAAGGAUCGAGAGAAAUCAAAAGCUUUUGCCAAUGAAAAUGGAGUAUCCCCAAAUGAGCCCAUUCGGAUGAUUGAAAAUAAGCCUAAUGAUACACAGGGCAAGUGUUCUAGAAGUCAUAAAAAGGUUCCUGCUAGUCUUUAUCAGGUAAUUGAUCAGCUCUUGGAAAUUAUCAUGAACUAUCCAUCGACAGGACUUGAUGAACAUGACAGUUCUUCUACUCCUAUGGAAAUUGAUGAACCAGUAUCAAAAGAGAAGGGUAAAUCAAAAGUUGAUGAUACAAAGAAGGUUGAUUCUGAUAGCCUCUCCGAAAGGUCCAUAUGGCUGGCUAAGGUGACCUUUGUCCUCAAAUUGAUGAGUGAUAUACUUCUUAUGUAUGUUCAUGCUGUUGGAGUGGUAUUGAAGCGGGACAUUGAAGCAUGCCAAGCGCGUGGAUCUGGUCAAGUGGAUGGUGCUGGACAUGGUGGGAUAAUACAUCAUAUUUUGCACCAGCUGCUUCCUCUGUCUUCCAAGAAGAAUACUGAGAACCCCGAUGAGUGGAAGGUCAAGUUAUCAGAAAGAGCUUCAUGGUUUCUGGUAAUCUUAUGUGGCCGAUCUACUGAGGGGCGCAGACGAGUUAUCUCUGAAAUUGUGAAGGCGUUUACUUCUUUCUCUAGUUUAUAUUGCAAUUCUUCUAAAGCUACUUUGUUGCCUGACAAAAGGGUUCUUUCCCUUGCUGACUUGGUGAAUUCAAUUUUGUCAAAAAAUUCUGCUUCCAAUAACUUACCUGGAUGCUCACCUGACAUUGCUAAAGCAAUGAUAGAUGGUGGAAUGGUACAGUCGCUUUCCAGGAUACUUCAAGUAAUUGAUUUGGAUCACCCUAAUGCUCCUAAGUUUGUGAACCUGAUACUAAAAGCAUUGGAGAGUUUAACAAGAGCUGCAAAUGCUAGUGAUCAAACCCUCAAGUUGGACGGGCUGAGUAAAAAAAGGUCAUCUGGUGCGCAUGCAAGAACAGAUCAUUCUGCUGCUCAAGAUAUUGGUACUGAGCGUGAACAAACCAGAAACUAUCAGCUUGAGGCUUCUGAUGCAGUUCAAGGUGAAGACCAGCAAAUUCAGGAUUCCCCUCAAAAUGAUAGGGGUCCUGAUACAAACCCAGAUCACUCUGUGGAACAGGAUAUACAAGUGGAGAGGGAGGAGAAUAUUGCUGCUAAUCCAGCAAUGGAACAUGGAGUGGAGUUUUUGCGAGAUAUGGAUGAAGGUGGUGAACUACCAAACUCAAAUGAGGUAGGGAUAGCUUUCCGGGUAGAGCGACGAACAGAUGAUGAUAUGGUUGAUGAAGAUGAUGAGGAUAUGGGUGAGGAUGGUGACGAUGAUGAUGAAGAUGAUGACGAGGAUGAUGAGGAUGAUGAGGAUAUUGUUGAAGAAGGAGCUGCUGUCAUGUCCUUGGCUGAUACUGAUGUGGAAGAUCGUGAUGAUCAUGGUCUAGGUGAUGAAUACAAUGAUGACAUGGUGGAUGAUGAAGAUGAUGACUUCCCUGAGAAUCGUGUAAUAGAAGUAAGGUGGAGGGAAGGAUUAAGUGGUUUGGAUAACUUGCGUGUUUUGAGGACAUCUGGUGAUGCUGGUGGUAUCAUUGAUUUUGCUGCAGAGACCUUUCAGGGUGUUAAUGUGGAUGACAUGUUCCAUCUUCGGCGGCCUUUGGGUGUAGAUCGGCGCCGUCAAAGUGGAAAUAGGACUUUACUAGAUCGAUCGGGACUUGAUGGGGGUGCUUUCCAACAUCCAUUAUUACUGAGACCGUCACAAUCAGGGGAACCAGGUGGUUCGAUUCGGGCCACUUCUGGAACCUCAACCAGAGAUUUGGAAGCUCUACCUUUUGGUGGCUUUGAUGUUGCACAUCUGUACAUGUUUGAUACUGGUCUUUCAACUGAACAUACUGCUGCUAACAUUUUUGGUGAGCGUUUGGUGGGAGGCGCACCACCACCGUUGAUCGAUUUCUCAAUUGGCAUGGACUCUUUGCAUUCUGGGGGAAGAAGGGGACCGGGUGAUAGUCGGUGGACUGAUGAUGGGCAGCCUCAAGCUGGCGGUCAAGCUGCUGCAAUUGCACAGGCAAUAGAGGAGCAAUUUGUGUCUCAACUACGUUGUGUUUUACCUGCCAAUAACCCAUCAGGUCACAGACGAUCUGGGCAUUAUGUGGAACAGUCUAACCAACAGUCGCUGCUAUUGAACACUGGUAGCCAAGUGCCAGCAGAUGUGGAUAAUCAACCUCCUGAGCAAGGCCAAGCGCAUGAUCAAGAAUUUGGUACCAGUCCUGUUCAUCAGCUAGGAAAUUUAGCUGAAAGAGAUUUGGGUCAUGGCAAUCUAUCACAUAUAACGAUUGAUGGACAAGCUGUUAUUGGAACAGAAGAGAGUCAAGAGGCACCAGAUACUGUCCCAAGGUUUCCAGAUGAUCUGAAUAUUUCACAUGAUGCUGGUGAGGGUAUGUGUGAGGCUGAAGAAGAUGGUCUUGCUAAUGGUUUACCAUUAGACACCAUUCCUGAUGUGGACAUGUCAUCUGUGGACCAACAUGUGAAUCAGCAGAUCCAAGAGGGUGAUGGUAUGCCUACUAAUCCUGAUGGAUCUUCAGGUUUAGAAAGUCAUUCUAGUAGUUAUGCCCUUAUAGAUUCAGGUUCAGCAAUUCCAGAUUUAAGUGAUGGUCAUGCUUCUUUAGACCAUGUCACUACUGACGUUGAUAUGAAUGGCAUACAUGCUAAUGAAAAUCAAGUUGAGAAUUCAGUACCUGCUUCCAAUGAAGAAGACUCAUCUGCAAUGCAAAGUGCAGGAAUUCCUCAGGAAUCUUCCCAGGCUGAUCAAUUUAAUAAUAAUGAAGCUUCUAGUACAAAUGCAAUUGAUCCAACCUUUCUAGAGGCUUUGCCCGAGGAUCUGCGUGCAGAAGUGUUAGCUUCCCAACUAGCAUCCAGACGAACUCAACCUCCACAGCUUUCAACUUAUGCUCCACCAGCAGCGGAGGAGAUAGAUCCUGAAUUUCUUGCUGCUCUUCCUCCAGACAUCCAAGCUGAAGUUUUGGCUCAACAGAGAGCACAGAGAAUGAUGCAGUCUCAGCAAGCUGAAGGACAACCGGUUGAGAUGGAUAGUGCUUCCAUUAUAGCUACUUUCCCUCCUGAGCUGCGUGAAGAGGUACUGUUGACCUCAUCUGAAGCAGUUUUAUCAGCGUUGCCAUCAGCUUUGCUUGCAGAGGCUCAAAUGCUCAGAGAUAGAGCUGCAAGCCACUAUCAUGCUCGCAGCCUUUUCGGAGGCAGUCAUAGGCUUGGUGGAAGAAGGCUGGCAGUUGACAGGCAAACAGUUAUGGAUAGAGGUGUUGGUGUUAUGGGUCGUAGGGCAUUUUCUGCGAUUCCCAGCAGUUUAAAGGUUAAAGAAAUUGAAGGGACACCACUCCUUGAUAGAAAUGCAUUGAAAGCUUUGAUUCGUCUCUUAAGAGUAGCUCAGCCUCUUGGCAAAGGCCUUCUGCAAAGACUUCUGUUCAAUCUCUGUUCACAUAGCGUCACUCGGGCUAUACUGGCUGGCCUUUUGAUUGAUAUGAUUAGACCAGAAGCUGAUGGCUCUUGUGGGAUCGCAACAGAACUGACAUUAAGGCUGUAUGGCUGCCAGUGGAAUGUUGUUUAUGGUCGUCCUCAAUCCUCAAAUGGCCUGCCACCUCUUGUCUCACGUCGUGUGCUUGACAUUCUUACUUAUCUUGCUUCCCAUCAUUCCUCGGUUGCGGACAUUCUUUUCUACUUUGAUUCAUCAUUGGCUUCUGAGCCAUCUCUUGUUACCCAUUUGGAAAGCAAGGAGAAAGGUAAAGAGGUAAUCUUGGAUGCAAUGGACUCAUCAACAGCACUAGAUACUCCUCAUAAGGGUGAUAUUCCUCUAAUAAUAUUUCUGAAGCUACUCAAGAGACCAUUGUUUCUGCGCAGCAAUUCACAUCUUGAGAAGGUCAUGAGUUUGCUCCAGGUUGUCGUUAAUCAUGCAGUAUCAAAAGUUGAUUCCCAACCUGAAACCGGACAAGCAUCUGGCAGUGCUGAGGUUUUGCCUGAAAAUGAUGCUCCUAGUGAUACCCAUAAAGAUCCUUCCGCUUUGGAGAGCAAUCAACCACUAGAUAUUGAUGGAAAGCCCAUUGCUGAUGUGCCAUCUCUGGGCGUCAAGGAAACUAUAAAGCCAUAUGAUAUUCUUUCACAGCUUCCUGAGACUGAUCUUCGCAACUUGUGUGGCAUUCUAGCUCAUGAAGGACUUUCAGAUAAAGUGUACUCUUUGGCUGCUGAAGUGGUGAAGAAAUUAGCCUUUGUUGCUAGUUCUCAUCGGAAAUUCUUUGCAUCCGAAUUGGCUUGUUUAACACACAGCUUGAGCUCUUCUGCUGUGAAUGAACUAGUAACUCUCAGGAAUACGCAGAUGCUGGGAUUAAGUGCUGGUUCGAUGGCUGGGACUGCAAUAUUACGUGUUUUACAAGCCCUCAGCCUGCUCAUUUCAGUCGAUGGGAACAAUGAAGAAGUUACUAGUGAACAUGAGGACCUCCUAGUAUUGUCUAAUCUGAAUGCGGCACUUGAACCAUUAUGGCAAGAAUUAAGUGAGUGCAUAAGUUCAAUUGAGGCAAAGCUGGAGAAGACCUCCACUUUCUCUUCUCCUAUGCCGAUGUCAGAUGCUGCAGACUUUUUAGGUGGUGCUCCCUCUCCGUCCCCACCUCUUCCACCCGGCACACAACGGUUGUUGCCAUUUAUAGAAGCUUUCUUUGUCCUGUGUGAAAAGUUACAGAUGAAUCAAACAAUGAUGAUGGCAGACAAUACUGUAACUGCAAGAGAAGUUAAGGAAAUUUGCAAUAGUUCAUCUUCACCAUAUAUGAAAUCUGGUGGGGCUGGAAAUACGACAUUUGCAAGAGUUGCUGAGAAACACAGGCGCCUUCUUAAUGUAUUCAUAAGAAUGAAUCCAAGUUUACUGGAGAAGUCACUCUCUAUGAUGUUGAAAGUACCAAGGCUGAUUGAUUUUGAUAAUAAGAGAGCUUAUUUUCGCUCACGGAUCAGACAGCAACAUGAUCAGUACCAUUCUGCUCCACUAAGGAUAAGCGUGCGCAGGGCAUAUGUCUUAGAGGAUUCCUACAAUCAGUUGCGGAUGCGAUCCAGUCAAGACCUCAAGGGUCGAUUGACUGUGCAGUUUCAAGGAGAAGAGGGUAUUGAUGCUGGUGGUCUCACUAGGGAAUGGUACCAAUUGCUUUCCAGGGUCAUCUUUGACAAGGGUGCUUUGCUUUUCACCACUGUCGGAAACAAUGCCACUUUCCAGCCUAAUCCCAACUCUGUUUACCAGACAGAACACCUCUCCUAUUUUAAAUUUGUGGGCCGUGUGGUUGCUAAAGCACUAUUUGAUGGUCAACUUUUAGAUGUUUAUUUUACCCGCUCUUUCUACAAGCAUAUUCUUGGCGUGAAAGUGACGUAUCAUGACAUAGAGGCUGUUGAUCCUGAUUAUUACAAGAAUUUGAAGUGGAUGCUUGAGAAUGAUGUGAGUGACAUUCCUGACUUGACAUUUAGCAUGGAUGCUGACGAAGAAAAACACAUACUUUAUGAAAAAACAGAGGUUACUGACUAUGAGCUGAAACCUGGAGGACGGAACAUCAGGGUCACAGAAGAAACUAAGCAUGAGUAUGUAGACCUUGUUGCUGGGCACAUACUGACUACUGCCAUUCGUCCUCAAAUUAAUUCUUUUCUGGAGGGGUUUAAUGAAUUGGUUCCAAGGGAUUUGAUUUCCAUAUUUAACGAUAAGGAACUUGAGCUUCUAAUUAGUGGGCUUCCUGAAAUUGAUCUGGAGGAUCUCAAAGCUAAUGCAGAGUAUACUGGCUACACUGCUGCAUCUAACAUUAUCCAGUGGUUUUGGGAGGUUGUUAAAGCAUUUAACAAGGAGGAUAUGGCAAGACUCCUCCAAUUUGUAACUGGAACAUCUAAGGUUCCUUUAGAGGGCUUUAAAGCCCUGCAGGGUAUUUCCGGUCCCCAACGAUUUCAGAUCCACAAGGCAUAUGGAGCUCCUGAAAGGCUACCUUCUGCACAUACCUGUUUCAACCAGCUAGACCUACCAGAAUACACAUCGAAAGAACAGUUAGAAGAACGCUUGCUGCUUGCCAUUCACGAAGCUAGCGAAGGUUUUGGGUUCGGUUAAUUCAUCAGUCUCUUCCGAUACUCACUCAAAACAGUCAGCCACCCUAUCUCUUUUUGUUCGCCUUGUACAGAUCGCGGAGGCACCAAGGUCGAUAAAAACUUGAUGAAAUAUGAAAUUUAAAGAGUGAAAAGCACACGAGGCGAGGAAAAUUAUCUCCGGUCUCCGCCUGAGUGUCUCCCUAACAUGUUGAUAUGCUCGGAGAUCAUCGAUUAGGUUCACCUGGGGUUUCUUACUACCCUCUCAUUCAUCUUUCUUUUUGGCUUUUUUAUAUAUGCUCCAUAAUCAUCAGAAUUAUAACUUUUGAAGAACAAACAAUUUUAAUCCUUUUGUCAGUAUGUAAAUCUUUGAUUUUUAUCAAUUUCGUUUGUCUUGAGAUGCUGGUAAAUAAGUUGUUGGUCAUGGUAUAGCAUUUUGUUUUGAUCAAGCAGGUCAUUAGAGCUGAUUUAUUGAUGAGAAUUUUGUGUGUGU